AUGCCUACGGCAGCCAUGGCCUUGCUAACAGCCUCGUUCUCAUUCCAUUUCCUGACAGUUGUAGUCGUAGUAGCAGCUUUUGAAGAUAACCACGUGGUUAAAGAAUUCAAAAAUAUACAAAAUGAUUUUGGGAAGUGGAAAUUAUCUUUACAUCCAGAGUACGCCACAACAAAGGAGGUGUAUGACUUCAAUGACAAACUGGAAUUACUUGACCUGGCGAAUUUUGACAGUAUGAAGGCAAAAGCAGAUGAAUUUAACAGUCAAUUACGUCGACUGGCAUAUGAACGAAUGCCAAACGAAACACAGAUUGAUUACGACAUUCUGAAACAUACACUUCACACAUUCCUAGAAGGAUACCGCUGGCGUCAAUAUGGGCCAUUGAACUCAAUCAGCUUCCUUGACGGGCCUGUUGGUCUUCCAGCCAUGCUUGUGAAGCAUACGCCUUUUUCCACCAAAGGAGAUUUUGCUGACUACUAUGAAAGACUCAAAGCCUUCCCGGGAAUGAUAAGUCAGCAUACAGAAAGACUUAUGAGGGCAGUGGCUAACAACCGUACACAUCAUGCAGUGUCAAUGCUUAAGGUCAGAGACCAGUUUAAAGAAAUCUUGACUAGUAAACCUGAGCAGUUUGUCCUGUACCAGCCAUACAACGAAUCUCUUGACCAGAUUACAACACUGACAGGGACAGAAAGAAAUAACUAUCGCAACGGAGCUAAAACGUGGAUCAAGAAAACCAUGGAUGCUUACAAGAAACUGAUUCUGUAUAUUGAACAAACAUAUAUGAAACACGUACGAACUGGCCUUGGCGUAGGUUCAUGGGAAAACGGGCGAGAAUUCUACAGAGCAACGUUAAAGUGGCAUCUUACUACCGAUCUAACACCACGAGAAGUUCGGGACAUAGGACUCAGGGAAGUUAGCAGAAUCCAAGAGAAAAUGAUGAAGGUUUUACGUCGUAUUGGAUUCAAGGGAACGAUAAGAGAAUUCACCACCUCCAUCAAGGGAGAUCCAAGAUAUACUGUUAGUAGUAAGCGUACAAUUUUGAAUAUGUAUAAAGAUAUCGUCGAAGACAAAAUUGAACCCAUCCUUCCCAGACUGUUUAAAGACAUCCCAAAGUUUCCAAUAAGGGUAGCUUCAAGCCUAAGAGAUGGCUUACCUGCUGACUAUCAAGCUGGAUCCAAGGACGGGUUACAGCCUGCUGUGCUUUACGUAAAUCUUUUUCGACCUUCUGAUGUGUCAAUUCCAGAUUUCUUGCCGAUUGCUCUACACGAGACCUUGCCAGGUUACCACUUGCAAAGAUCAAUCAAAGAGCUAGCACAUUUACCUUUAUUUCGUAAACACAGUAAAGGGAGCCAAAAGUACUACCAGGUCCCAUACGAUUUUCCGGAUUACAACAUGUUCGCUGAGAGCUGGGCUCUUUAUGCGGAAGCACUAGGCGAGAAGAUGGGCCUUUUCUCCGAUGACUACAAGCUACUGGGUCGCUAUAGCUCUGAUCUUUUCCGUACAUGCCUACUGGUUGUUGAUACGGGCAUUCACUUCUUCAGUUGGAGCAGAGACCGAGCAUUAGAGUACCUGAUGACCUACUCUACAUUUGGGGUAGACCUUUUGGAGAACACACUGGACAGAGUAGUCACGUGGCCAGGACAAGCUUGUGGUGCCAAGAUAGGAGAACUGAAGAUAUGGGAACUACGACGCAGAGCUGAGCAGAGACUUGAUUGGAAGUUUGACAUUAGAGAAUUCCACGCUGAACUUCUGCGACACGGUGAUGUGCCGUUACAAGCCAUGGAAAGGAUCGUUGACAACUGGAUUACCCGUACAGCAAACAGCACUGUAUGUGGGUCAGCUUCGACACUGGAUCUCUGGGGCCCGUAUAGACUCUUAACAGUAGUUGUGAUCCUGCUGGUUUUAUUUUAA